AAUGUGGGACCAAAGAAUUGAACAAAACAUAACUGCACACAAUUUAGACCGUGAUACAGUAAAAUAUCAGUUGAUUACAAAAAUGCAAAUACUAUACGGCGUAGGAUUUUUAAUCUGCCUCUAUAUUUUGCGAUAUUAUCUUAACUUUUACAAAAAGUGGCGAAAUGGUCCACCAGGGCCAUUUCCUCUCCCACUUGUUGGAAAUUUGUUGCAACUGGCGAGACUUGGGGGACAACCAUCGAAAGCAAUUUCUACCCUGUCAAAAGUUUACGGGGAUAUCUAUCGACUUCACGUUGGAGUAAAAGACAUUGUCGUGGUAAGUUCAGUGGACACAAUUAUUGACGUUAUAAGCCGAGAAGAAGCCCUUGCUAGAGAUUCUGAUGUUGGGCUUUUUCAUGAACGAAGUAUGGGACAAAAUACAGGCAAGUUUUUGUCUUAAAUAGAAGAAGGAUAAGGGCUUAUCCAUACGUCAUCAAAAAUUCUCGAUUUUAUCACCCACCCACCCAACGUAAACCUUAAGGGAUAGGGAAUUUUAACAUGGGAAAGAUAGGAAGACCAAAACCACUGGACGUUCCCUAACAAUAAAAGCUAAAUAAUUGAAUGUAAUCCGAUCCGAUCUGGACUCCCAAUUUUAUGGCUCUAUUUUAACAAAUUUGUUAACAAAAUAACAAAAGGACUGCAAGUAACUGCGAACUAACGAAAUUGCUUUUCCUGACCACUUGUAAAUACCAAUUUCAACAUCCCUCCAUGAAUAAGAUGGCAGCUUGCUGUAGAGAUCUUGGACCAAGGAAUGUCAUAAAUGAUACCUGUUCAUAACCCGUUACAAACAAGUAAAUAGUGUGACGUUUUUGAGACAUUUACAUUUAAAACGUAAAAGAUGCCAGGGUAUUAAUGUAAUAUCUACUGUUAAUUUACGACAAAUAAUUAGCUCUAUACAAAAUAUGUCUAUUUAUGAAUCCAUUAAUACAUAAUACCUUCACAGGAAUUGUAACCUCUAAUGGAGAAACCUGGAAAAAAACUUCGGGCCUGGACUUUCAAAACCUUGAGUAAAGUCGGACUCAGCAAAUUUUCUGGAAUUGAGGACACCAUUCAUGCGCAAUGCGGCAGUAUAAUUGCUGUUUGGGAGAAGGCCUUAUCCUCAUCGGAGAUGCCAUUCGCAGAAGUCGAAGUCUCAGAUCAUGUCAUGAUGAUGCCAUUUUUCAAGGUCAUCUUCACCUCAGUGAUGGGGGCUGAUAGGAUCAAUGACGCCAAGAAUGGGGCCCUACUCACCGAGAUGAUUCACUUGAAUAUGGAGUACAUAAUGGGCCUCUCGUCUUUUGCGGCCGGGCUGGAUGUCGCAUUUCCAUUUUUGAGUCGAAUUUUUUCGAACGCGACGGGGCGCAAGGUGCAAGAUAAGUUACAUUCAGCGGCAAGAAAAGCGGGCCAAAGUCUCCUUGACGAUGUUAGAAAUGAAGCAUUAAGCUCAUCAGUGGCACACAAGGGAAUGUCAGCUAGCCUUGCACACGCAUUUUUGAACGUGAUGCAAAACAAUCCAUUAGAUCCAGAUUUUACAGAUUUUCAUUUCACCAGCAUUUACAUGGACUUACUGCAAGGGUCCGGGGAAAGUACGAGUGCUUACGUGCAGUGCCUCCUCUUGCACUGCGUCACCCAUCCAUACUGGCAAGAAAAGAUUGUAAGCGAGAUUUACAGCGUCAUCGGGGACGGAGUAUCACCCAAAUUGGAGCAUCAGCGUCGAAUGCCAAACACUGAAGCCUUCAUGCUUGAAGUCCACAGGACGGCUAUACUAACACCGAACCUGGUUCCACAUUGGUCCACGGCGGACUUUAAAUAUGGCGAAUUUACCAUCCCAAAAAACACUUUGCUAAUGGCUGAUAUUGUGUCGGCUCAUUCUGAUCCACGAAUCUGGAAGAAUCCGAGCGAAUUCGACCCAUCUCGAUUCCUUCGUCCGAACGGUGAAGGGCUCUGCUUGAAAACUAAACGUCAAUGUCUACCGUUUGGAGCUGGAAAACGUCGCUGUCCCGGCGAGCCUUUCGCUGAUGCCAUGGCGUUCCUCUUCUUCCUCAGUAUCCUUAAAACUUUUAAACUUGGCACAGCUCCUGGACAAAGCCUGCCAAAACUUAGAAUGAAUGAAGGCGCUGCAACGUUCCCGCUUCCGUUUAAAAUGACCAUUUUCAAACGCGAAAAACUGGACAGGACUUACUAAUAUAUUAUAUCAAAUUAAUUGACAUCGAGAAACUUAAAUAAAUCUACCCAUCAAUUUCGGA